CUUUCAGUCCGCCAGUCCAUUGGCCAUCGUUCAUCGGUCGGUCAAGCCGGCCCAAAUGGUGUCAGCUGUGUAAACAGGGCUAAGCAAGCGGAUCGCAAGCCGUUUAGCUGCUCAUUUCCCCGCUGCCAUAGCCAUCGAAAUCAAUUUCUUGCGAACCGAAAUCCAAAAUCUUGCCCUGAACUUGACUGUCUGCAUGUGAUACGGUUGAACGCCUUUUGCGGAAAUUAUUGCAAUUUUCUUGUCUUGUCUUCUAGCCGAACACACAUAGCACCGUACAUUGGGGUUUUGACGGUGGGUUUACUUUCACUUUUGCCGCACUUACUCAACAAGUUGUGGGGGCCCGCUGAAGUUUGCUCACAGGGGAAACAUUCAUCAAAAGAUUGAAGAGCUCGUCUUUUCGCUCUAACUCAAAUAAGAAGCGACCGGCGAACAACAUGGAGACCUAUUUGACGGAGAUCAAACAGUUGCGCAUACCACGCCCGAAAUUUGAGCCCAACAGUUGCCAUCAGCAGCACCAUCAUGCGGUGACAGCCGUCGGAGCCACGCCCAUCCAGCCGCCCCCGCCCCUGCACCACCGUCAGUGGCGACACUUUGUGCGACCCUUUACGCCGCCACGCGAUUACCAUCUGCCCAUGGUGGCCGAGGGCUCCUCCAUGCACGACAAGAUGUGAGGAGGAUUCACAUUCAGUGGAUGGGCAAACAUGAUGCAUUACUCCCACACAUAGCCCCACAUAAUAUACGAUACCUACUUAGGAUAGUGCUUAAGUCUAGAUGUUAGCUUAGUUAACGUACGAUAGAUACAGAUACAGUUGCAGAUACAAAGAAUUAAAGUAUAC